UUCCAUUUGCCCUCAUCUCUUUCUUUCGUCUUUGCUUUGUCCGUUUUCUCCUGGUUUACAUUCUUUCCGAGGCUGUGCUGCUGCGAUGGCGCUAGCGAUGCCGAUGCCGAUGGCGAGCCGCGCGCCAUAGCCGCGGUUCUUCCAGGCUCAUCGGCUCAUCGCCAAUUGGCCACAAAUCUUUCGGCCGGAGGCGGAAUUCGGGGUCGCGCGAUCGCGAGGGCGAGGGUUUUGCUGCGUGGAUCUUGCGCGAUCAGAUCGCAUUUCUAGCUCUAGCGUUGGCACGCGGGGAUGGUCUGCCGGAGCCUGUCAAGAGCUUGCAGAAUCAUCAAGCGGCAGUGUGGAAUGGUGAAGUCCGUCAUGCUCUCGGACCGUCUGACCUUCGGCUCCUCGAGCAGCACCAGCGGUAGCAGCAGCACAACCAGGUACAAACCAGUUAGAUCAAAGAAGCAAGCAAAUGGUGGCGGCGGCGGCGUAAACAGCCACCACCACCAAUCAUCGCCACCUUGCGACCGCUGCUCCACCGCCGCCAUCGACAUCCUCAUCCUCUUGGUGGCUCUCGCCGCCUGCGCCUUCCUCUUCACGCCAUACUUCAAGCUGGUGUGCAACGAGAUCAUCGAGAUCCUCCCGGCAACGUUCCUCUUCAUCGGCGAGGUCGUGUACGAGGCUCCCGUCGCCUACGCGCUGGCGGCGGUGCUCACCUCGGCGUCGGUGAUCGGGAUGUGGGAGCUGUACCAGUUUAAGUCGAGGAAGUGCGGCAACCCGUCGUGCAAGGGGCUGAAAAACGCCAUGGAGUGCGACAUCCAGCUCGAGACGGAGGAGUGCGUCAAGAGCUCGCCGCCGACCAACGCUGUGCUGCUGGACAAGGGGCUGCAGCUGGCGCAGGAUCAAAAGGAGCUGGAGGCGGAGCUCAAGAGGAUGGCUCCUCCAAACGGGCGGGCGGUGCUGGUUUUUCGAGCUCGGUGUGGCUGCCCCGCCGCCAGAUUCGAGGUGUGGGGAUCCAAGCGGCCCCGCCGCUCCAAGAAGUGAGGAAGAUCACUCCGGGGAGCCACGAAAAAGCAGCAACAGGAAGAAGGACGAACAAAAAGAACGAGCGUCUCUCUCGUCACUCUCUCGUCUCGUUGCAUUUCACGGCCCUGGGAAAUAUUUUCCAGGGUGUUUAUAUUAAUAAAUCCGCGAAAUAAAAGACUGGCUAA